CACCCGUUGUGUGUUUUCAGAUUUGUGUCGGUAUAUUAAUGGAAUUUUGCGUCUUCGCCAUGUGAAAUGUCUGUCCUCCGCAGAGCUAAAACGUGGGAAAUAUCUGAAUCUGAAGACAGUGAUGCUGAAUCUAAACCCGAUUUAAACCGCGAUGUUAGCCUUGAGGACAAAGAAGCUAAGAGUUUAAACGACAAGUGCAAAACUCUCCCAUCGCCACCAACUAAAACGGACUCUAGUCAAACUUGUGCUUUAACUCCUCCUCGACCAGAAGGCUCCUUGACGCCAAGUCCUGCACGCAAACGCCGCACCAAGGAGGAGAUAGAGGUAGACAGGCAGAAAGCAAAGGAGAGGAAGGAAGAGAGGGAGAGACAGAGAGCAGUCAGAGCCCAGGAGAAGGAGGAGAGGAGGCAGGAGCAGCAGAGAAGGAAAGAAGCUGCUGAGAACCUCAAGAGUCUCCGGCCAGAAAACUACAUCAAGUGUCUGACUGUCUGCAUAGAUCCAGCUCUUCUGCAGCAGAAUGGCUCAGAUAUCUUGCUGGAAACCCUUGCAGGCUGGGAGUGGAAGUUUAACAUUGAGAAUCAGCUGCUCGCUCACAGCAUCACCUGGACCAGAAAUGUACCACAACAGGGAGAAGAAGGCCAGGUCACUGCGGAGGAGGAGCAAGUGGUCCUGGUCCUGACUCUGGCUGACUUCAUGGACAUUGUGAUCAGCAUAAAAAAAAUGCUGGACAGCGAAGGGGAGGAGACGGAGUUGGGCAUUGUCCUCAGUCCUCUUCUGGAGUGUCUUAACCGGGAUGCCAAGAAGCUGGUCACUCUGUUGGUGACAGGCUGUGAGCUGGAUCACAGGUCAAUGUGUUUUCCAGAAGAGAUGCUACAAUCCAGACUGGGGUUGAAUAAUCUGGACACUGAGGAGGUGCUUGUGUACCUCCAACUCUACAAAAAUAUCUCACUGGUCUUCCUGGACAGCUGGCAGGACGUCACUGAUCAUGUGUGUGCAGUCACCAAGGCUUUAUCAAAACGCCCUUUCAAGCUCCUGACUGAGCCAUCAGAGCUGCCCUUUUGUGUGGAUGGCUCCUGGGCCAGUGGGGUUCGGGUAGAGAGAGACGGCUCAGGGCUGAUCCAGGUGUGGAGCAGGCAGAUCCAGCAGCUGAACAGAGUCAGCCCUGCUGUUGCCUCCACUGUGACCACGUCCUACCCAUCUCCUCAGCUGCUGCUGCAGGCUUAUCAGAACUUGGGAUCAGAGGAGGAGAGGAAGGGGAUGCUGGCUGGUCUUUUAGUGAAAACUGACGGCAAAGAGAGGCGCAUUGGGCCGGAGAUAUCAGCCAGAAUCUACCGCUGCUGCACAGCCCAGAAUCCUCAGCUGGUCCUGGACUAAUUUCCCCACAUGAGAAUGUGAUUCAUGGAUCUGGCUUCAGAUGACAGCUUGUCACCACUUGGCUACUUUCUAGGAAAGCACUUAUUGUACAGAUUCAAAGAAGAGUAUAUAUUAAUAUAUGCAAAUAAUAAUGAUCAGUUUUUUUUAAUUAAAAUAUUUGCUAUGUAAUAAAAAUCUGUGUGACUUCCACAAACUUAUGGGUGAAUGGGUGCAUAAAUAUAAGCUGCAACUGAA